AUGGACGAGAUCAUUACUCGAUGGGCCACAGAUCUUUCUAAGUACCAGAAGGAGUUCAAAGACCAAGCGACCCAGAUCUCUGCCUGGGACCGCCUCCUAGUUGAGAAUGGCGAGAAGAUCCAAAAGCUCUACCUUAACACAUACGAGGCAGAGCGAGCUAGUAACGAGAUCGAACGCCAGCUCCAGCAGGUGGAGAGCAACCAACAAGAGCUGGAGAGCUGGCUCGAUACCUACGAGGCUCAAGUCAAUGACCUCUUCACUCGCCAGGUUGGAUCUAGUGAGCAGCUUGGCGGGCCAGACCAGGAGCGCGAGCGCACAUACAAGCUUGCUGAGAAUCUGACUGACCGUGUCGAUGAGAUGGGCAAGGACCUGGGCAAGAUGAUCAAGGAGAUCAAUGACAUUUCUGCCACGCUGAGCAAGGGCAACAAGCCCGAUGAUCCGCUGAGCCAAAUCGUUCGUGUCCUCAAUGGACACCUCACUCAGCUUCAGUGGAUCGACACGAAUGCUGCAGCCCUGCAGGCCAAGGUGACUGCGGCUCAGAAGGCAAGCAGCAGCAUGGGAACUCAAUACGGAGGCCCAGAGACCGAUGCGGCAGAAAGCUUCUAUCGUUCCUACAUGGGUCGACGAUAA